AUGUCUUUGGCAAAUUACUCCAACAUGAACUCUGUCUCCAUUGCAAAUAGCUUAGGAUCUGGUUCACGGGCACCCAUACUUAUUCCUGAAGAGUAUAAUUCGUGGGUUGGCCGUAUGAAUCUUCAUCUUAAUGCUAUAAAUGAAGAUGUCUGGAAGUGUGUAGAAGGAACAUAUGUUACUCCAGAAAAUAUGGCUACUCUUGCUACAAAUCAAGCCACUCAAGUUGAAAUUACAAAAAAGUUGGAACUCCAAGCCAAAAAGGAACUUGUUUCUGGAAUACCUCACAGUAUUCUAAGUCAAAUGGAUGACAUUAUACUGUUAACCGCAAAUCAAAUUUGGGAGAAUUUGAAAAAUCGUUUUUGUGGAAAUAAAAGAAUCAUCGAAAACAAAAGAACAUCUGUUUUGAAUGAAUUUGAUAAUUUCAAAAUGCUUUCAUCAGAAACCAUCCAUGAUGCUCAUGAUAGGUUCAAUUUGAUUAUGGGAAAUCCAGCUAUUCAUACUGAAACUUUGUACAACUUGUAUGGAGAACUUCAAUCGUAUGAAUCCUCGAUUGACCCACCAACCACUGCAGCUUUUGGAGGACCACUUGCACUUACUACAUCUUUUCAAAACCAAGCCUUCCAGUCUGAUUCAAAUGAUGAAGCAGAUUAUCAACAACUGUGUGCGUUGGUUGCAAACACAAAUCUCCAGAGAUUUAUCCCAAAUCAUGGAACAAAUCACUAUGCUAGAGAAUGCCGAGCCAAAAACAAAACCAAAAUCAAAGACUCAGCAUACUAUGCUCAAAGAGCCGAUGAAUUGAAGAAACUGGAAAACCAAGAAAAGCAAAAAGCAUUGAUGGCAAUCCAUGAACCAAGCGUAGAAUACUGGCCAACAUCUGAUGACGAAGCUGAUAAUGAACAAGCACAAUCAAACUUCUGCUUCGUAGCUGGUGUUGAAAUACCUUCAAGAGCUCCAAACGUCAUAGAACAGGUAUGGUCUAUGAUCUCUGAACUUGGUUUUUCCAAAACAAUUUUUGAGUCCCACAUAACCAAAAUUGAGACUAGUCUGGAAGCUGAUCUCAAAACAUAUCAUGACACAAUGGUCAAUUAUGAUAUUUGCAAAUCUGAGUUACAAACCUUGCAACUCAAAUUUGGAGAAUCAACAAGAACGAAAAGCAAAUUGGAAAGAGACGUUGAAAGAAAAUCAGAAGAUUAUAAUCACGUCUUGGAACAAUUAAAUCAGACCCUAAUUCAGAAAAGGGAUUUGGAAGUAAAAAAUCAGUCAGUCAUUUCUUCUGAAAUAAAAGAUGUUUUAGAAAUGGAAAUCCUUCAGUUGAAACAAGACUUUCAAGAAUCAACUGAUAAAUACAAUAUUCUAAAUAAAAAACUGACUGAUUCUUUAAAACAAAUCAAUUCUCUUAAAACCGAGAAUAAAAGACUGAUAUGGAAUAUGGAUUCUAUCAAAGUUGCUAGAAAACUAAGUAAUGAUAUUUUCACAAAGGCAAACACCUUAGGAACUGGCAAAAUUGAUACGAAUUAUAGACCAGGAAUUGGAAGAGAAUCCUUUGAAAUUGAACAAGCAAAACAGGAAAACAUGACGAAUUGUGAAAACUCUGAAUCUACUCUACCAGAUCUUUUCACAUCUCUUAAUGAGGAAGAUUCAGAUGAUGAAACAGUUAUCAACUGUAGUCCAGAUGAUACUGCUUUCAGUGUUUCCAAAAAGUCUUUCAAAAGAGUUGUAAAUUCUGAAACAAACUCUGCAAGUUCUUUAACUCACCAAAUCAAACAUACCGAUGGAACCACUAAACUCAAAAACUUUUUUAAUGGAGAAAAUUCCUCUUAUGAGGAUGGUAGUACUUCUAUACCAACUGUACUUAAUGCUGGAGAACCUAAUGAUGAUACAUGGUAUAUUGAUAGUGGCUGCUCCAAGCAUAUGACAGGAAACCGGAACUACUUACGUGACUUCAAACCUAUACAAACCAAUCAAGAUGUUACCUUCGGAAACAACAUGAAAGCAAAAAUCAAAGGUUAUGGAAACAUAACAAAUGGUAAUUUUACCAUAAAGAAAGUUGCCUUCGUCGAUGACCUGAAACACAACCUCAUCAGUGUUUCUCAGCUGUGUGAUAACAAUCUUGAAGUUCUUUUCACCAAACAACGAAGCUUGAUCAUGGACGCCAAAACAAAAGAUGUUAUAGUUGAUUCUGACCGUGCCGGAAAUAUGUAUCCACUUGACAUGGAUCUUAUCUACGGUAAACCCGAUAUAUGUCUGCUAUCUAAAGCCCCAGCAGAUAUUAGUUGGUUAUGGCAUCGUCGCCUUUCCCAUCUAAACUUUGGGUACAUCAACAAAUUAAUCGGCGAUGAUCUUGUUCGAGGGCUACCACUUCUGAAGCUUGAUAAUGAAACUCUUUGUGCCGCAUGUGAAAAAGGAAAACUUUCCAGAUCCACUCACAAAAGCAUCUCAGAAUCUAGUGUAUCCGAACCACUAGAAUUGUUGCACAUAGACCUUUGUGGCCCUGCCAAAACCCAAACCAUACAAGGGAAGAAGUACAUUCUUGUUGUCGUUGAUGGUUUCUCGCGCUUUACUUGGGUCUCUUUCUUAAGACUAAAAUCAGAAGCACCUGAAGAGAUGAUCAACUUCAUCAAACAAAUCGAGCUGAAGCUGAAACGACCUAACAAUAAAGAUCACCUUUCAAAAUUUGAAUCAAGGUCGGACGAAGGAAUUUUCCUUGGUUACUCAUUUUCUUCAGCUGCUUAUAGAGUACUGAACAAACGUACCAGAGUAAUUGAAGAAAGUACCGAUGUUCAUUUCGAUGAAUUUUAUGUCAGGAAAUUGGAUCGUGAACAUUUUGGUUCAAAAAUGAUUGAAAAUAUUUUUCAAAAUCCAAUUCAACAAACACCUUCUCCUGACAUAGACAUUGAAAUCGAUCUUGAUUUACUUUUUGAACAACCAAAAACUGCUUACAAUUCUGAACUUCUAACUACUUUAAUUGAUCCUACAGGAACACCCAGUGAAGUUAUUCCACAAACAAACCAAAAUGAUGCAGAUAAAUUCGAGGGGGAACCACCAACACAUACUUCCUCUUUGGAACAAACACCAAAUCAUCCUUUAAACACCCCAUCCCCAAAUAGCCAAAACAAUCCCGAUGCAUCAUUUAUGGGGGAACCUUCAAACCUAUUCCAAGAUGAAACGCCCGGAGAAGAACAAUGGGAUACUGAAACUCCAAUUAUUAUAGCGGAAGAGAAUCGCUUAAUAAAGUGGACCAGAAAUCAUCCAACAGACCAAAUCAUCGGAGAUCCCAACAUAGGCAUUCAGACUAGAGGCGCAUCCACAAAUGAAUGUUUAUUUGGAGCCUUCUUAUCCACGACUGAACCCAAAACCAUACAUUCUGCUAUAAAAGAUCCAGAUUGGGUAAAAGCUAUGCAAGAAGAGCUAGCAGAAUUUGAAAGAAACGACGUAUGGAAUCUUGUUCCUACUCCACCCGAUGUUACUGUUAUAGGUUCAAGAUGGAAAGCUGUCUACGACUUGAAACAAGCACCUCGAGCUUGGUAUGCCACGUUGUCAACCUUUCUCGAAGAAUCAGGUUUUAAAAGAGGUUCAAUUGAUCAAACCCUCUUUCGUAAAAUCUUUAAUAAACAUCUGUUAAUCGUACAAAUAUAUGUUGAUGACAUUAUUUUCGGUUCUACUGAUGAAUCUUUAAGUGUUAAGUUUGCAGAUCUAAUGAAUAGCAAAUUUGAAAUGAGCAUGAUUGGGGAGAUGACUACUUUUCUCGGACUUCAAAUCAAACAGUCAACUGAUGGCAUUUUCAUCAACCAAGAGAAUUAUGUCAAAAACCUACUCACUCGUUUUUUAAUGGAAAAAUCGAAUACCGCAAAAACCCCAAUGGCUUUUGGAUACAAAAUUGAUGCAGACUUAAAUGGCAAACCCGUUGACUAG